AUGGACACUUUUGUUCCAUGCUACAAAGAUAACCACAUCACACUGAACGAGUCUCAAGGUAAUAUCUCCAGCCCUGGAUAUCCAUUUGGCAAACUUGACAACAUGAUGUACACCUGGACUAUACAGGGCAAAGCUGACAGUUAUAUCGUCCUUAAUAUUUUAGACUUAGGAGAAGAUUGCCAGUAUGAUUAUCUAAGAAUAUAUGACGGACCCACAACAUUUUCACCGAUGUUUGGAAAUUUCUGCUCAUCAAUUCAACCAGGGUUAAUGGCCUCAACGGGAAACUCCAUGUUUGUUGUGUUAAAAACGAAUAGCUCCAACAAAUAUAAAGGCUUUUAUGGAAAUUAUGAAAUACUAGAUAAUCACAUUACUCUGAACGAGUCUCAAGUAAAUAUCUCCAUCCCUGGAUAUCCAUUUGGCAAUUUGGACAACAUGAUAUACACCUGGACUAUACAGGUGAAAGCUGACAGUUAUAUCCUCCUCAAGUAA